AUGGCUGAGAUUGCACAGGAAGCAGGAUUAUGUUGCAAUGGCAGGGACCCAAGGUGUGUGACUAAAGGGUGGAAGUGGGACCGCUCUUUUGGGACGUGCUUCUGUGACCAGUCCUGUGUGUCCACCCAGGACUGCUGCGAUGACUACAACACGGCAUGCCCAGCUGUGUCAUGUGAGGUGAGUGAGUGGAGCCAGUGGUCAGGCUGUGCUGAGCCGUGCAGAGCCGCUGUGCGCAGGAGGAGCAGGAGUGUUCUGACAGAGAGGCUGAAUGGAGGACUGCCCUGCCCUCACCUGGAGGAGCACGCAGGCUGUGCACAGUACUGGACCCAACAGGGAUACUGCCAUAACUCACUGGUUCCAGCUCUCAUCACCAGCAGUGGCUAUGGCAACGCCCGGAAGAAACGAGAGAUUCCUGACAGUGAAGUGACAGGAUACUGUGUGCGGUUCCAGCUGACCUCUCUGACAGCAGACUGUGCUCAGAGUAGGGGACCGCACACUCGAUGGAUGCAAUACCUGAGGGAAGGGCAUCAGGUGUGCGUGGAGUGCCAACCCCCUGCACUGGCCCAGGGACAGGCCCACUGCGCUGGAGAUGGAGAGAGUCUCUACAGCAAUGACAUUAGGUUUCCGUCUCUCCAAUGGCGGGCCGUGGGGAAUCCGCGUUGCAGAGGCGUGUGGAGGCGCAUGGAGCGGCUCGAAACCUGCUCGUGUCCCACAGCUCAUAGCUUCCUCUUCAUCUGAUGAUACAGCCUCAGGAUAACAAGGACCAGGCCAACUUCAUUAUGGAUAGAAUAGGUAUAGGUCUAUUGAGGAUAUUAUACUUGUUUUUUUAUUAUGCAAAAAUGUCAAGGCUACAAAGUAUAUUAUAAAGUGAGUUAUAGCAGAAGAUAAGGCUAAGUUGAACAUAAAUGAUACAGACUUUUAAUUAGUGGCACAUUUCUUCUCCCAAAGUCUGAAUUCAUCUCCAGACUGCGUGCUUUUACUGUUAAAUUAAAAUGUGAUUAACUGCACAGGCCUCACUGUUCUAUUUUUGUAAGCACAAAAUAUCCUCUAUUGCUGUUAUGAAAAACUACUCCUAAAUCCUUCACAUCUGAGUAUUCCAUAAACUAGCUGUCUUUGUAGCACGAGGGAAGAAAACCCUUUUUGAUUUGUUAAAUUUGAACCGAUCUAGCUUAAUGUUGUGACCAUAUGGCUUUUAAACAUAGGUUUUCGUUUUAUUAUGUGUUUUGACAACCUGCCCAACUUUGAGGAUCUCACCCACAGUAUUGUGUCACGGUGAGAAGAUAAUAGGCCUUAUUUGCAUAUCAGUGGUCAUAUAAUGGCAAUGAUUGAUGUCGUACACAAUAUUUCAGAAUUAUUUAACACCAGUAAUAAGUCAAUCAAACAACAUCGAAAAGUAAAGUGAUUCAAUUUAUUUCCUUUUUGACUCAUUCAAGGGAACUGUUGCUUUUCUUAAGAAAUAAAAAUAUCUUGGGACAUUGAGACACUUUUUUUAAAACAUGACAAGUACUGGCUCUUGUGUGUGAACUUCACCAGUCACAACGCCAAAGUUACAACAUGCACUGAACAGUAACAUUGAUACAGAAACGACAGCUUAGAAAGUCAACAAGUAAAAAGGUUUUGUUUCUUGUUUUUCAUUUACAAAACAGACAGCCUCGGGACCUACAAACAACAUAGUACAAGAGCUGGCUAAGAGAUAAUAUUUCCCCUGUUACACUUUACAAAGAUGAUGGCUUAGGCAAGGUUGGGGUCAAUUCCUCUGAGUAUACUCUGUAGAAAAAAUAGAGCUUUUGAAACAUAGGGUUUUGUAGAUUGAAAUGUAUAGGAUUUUGUGCUGUUAUUUUGGCUCUGGUUUAUUGUAAGAUGUCCGUAUUGUUCUCCCGAAUGGACCCCAACCCUGUAAUACAGUGCUCUAAAUCUGCAAGUGUGAUAUUUGGAAACUACAAUGUCGUGUAAGGGAUUAUGAGUUAAAACAAUGGGAAUAGCAGCUAAAGGAACAAUUAAAUUAAUCUAAAUGCAUUAUACUGUACACUUUGUGCUCUUUUUCUUUGUCUUUUAUAUAGUGAUACAUCCACCUAUCUUUCUCCAUGGGGAUUACAGUCAACUUAAAAGUGAUUAAAAGAGUGAAAAACUAUUUAAGAAGGUGCUCACAAAGAAAAAAGAGAAACAAUUUUUUUGUGUUAUGAUCUCACAGUUUCGCCGUCAUAACAUGCAUGAAUUAUCAAUACAGUAGUGUUUUAAAAUGGCAGUAAGUAUCUAUUAUGUUUACAGACAUAUUCCCAUUCCAGUGUGUGGCCUAUUCACAAACUACUGAUUGUCUUUUAUUGUUGAGAUAGAAGUUUUCUACGG